UUAUCAUUUGACAUUUAUCAAUGAUUGAGUUCACUCAUCACGGUGAAGUGAAGUCGGGAUACCGAAAACUCUUGUUUUUUUUUCCAAUCACUUUUUACCCGAUUGUACUUAACACUUAAUAUAAAAUUAAAAUCCAUAAUUUUUUGUUGUAUAAAUGUGUUCAAAGCUCAAGGACAAUGAACAAUGUCGAUUCAGUUGGUCCUCCAGAUCCAGUAUCAAAUUUGAGACCAAUUAAAUAUCAUAUACCACAACACGAGUCUCUAGUUGAACGUCAAUUGCGGCUUAAGCGAAUUGAAGUAGCAAAAUGGAAUCAUGAAUUUUGGACUAACCAUAACCUGAGAUUUAUAAAAGAGAGGGAAGCAUACAAAAAAUGUUUAUCCGACAAGGGCAUUUCAACAGCCACUGCCGAUCAAAUGUCUGAAUUUUACAAAGAUUUUUUAGACAAAAAUUGGAAAACACAUAUGACUUAUAACUUUGAAUGGUAUAAAAAAAAUAUAACAAUUGUACGUUUAAUGAUGAAUAAAAAUAUGUUCAAAGCUAUUCAGUGGAUUAAGAUAUUUAAAUUUUAACUAUAGAUUAGAAUGCGUCUUAUAAAAUCAUUUGGUAUAAAUCGCUAUUCUACUUUCAUACAUCAUAUUCUUUUUGUGUUAUUAUUAUAUAACAUUUACCUCUCACUUACACUACUUAAGGCAAGUUCCUUAUCAAAAACGGAUUGUGGUAAUGAGAAAUCAAACACUUCAUAUUUUCAUCUUAAACUAUCUAAUGGCCGAUGGGACAGUAGACACAUGGUCAAAACAUUUGAUAAUGUUAUACAAGCAGAACAAAAACAAACCGGAAUGGUAUGUUUAGCAACACAAUGUUCCGUAGAUAGAUUACAUUCUAUUGUAGAUCUUGCAAAAAAUUGGAAUGGAUCAAUAUCGACUGCAAUUUAUGUAGCUGGUGAAGAAUUAUAUUAUUUACAAGAUUAUGUAAGAUUUCUACGACGAUGUUAUCGAACAGUUCGUCAAACUGUUACUUUUCAUCUUGCCCUACCUGCAAAUCAAUUUCCACAAUCUACUCAAUCAGGUUUUACAACAGAUCAAUUACCAUGUCACCAGGAUCCAAUUAUUGUUCUAUCAAAUUUGAUGAAGCAAUUACCAGAAACUCUUAAACGAUGGAGAAUUCGCAUGCCUUACCCUCAAAAUCAUCUGAGAAAUCUAGCUCGUUUAAAUUGUCAAACUCAUUAUGUGUUGGUUACAGACAUUGAUAUUAUUCCUAGCAUUGAUUCAGCAAUAUUACUCAAUACAUUUUUGUCUGAAAGACCGAAAUGUCUAAAAUGCGUAUAUGUCUUGCCCACAUACGAAGUUCAUAAAUCAGCUAAUCCACCAAAAAAUGUCACUGAGUUAAUAAAAUUAAAAUCUACUGGGCUUGCAAGAUAUUUUCAUAUGGAAGUCUUUAAAUUAAACCAGAUGCCAACUAAUUUUCUAAUGUUUGAAAAAAGUUCAAAAAAAUAUAACGGUUUACACAUCAGCCAUAAAGUACCUAAAUAUCAAUUGUAUUAUGAACCAUUUUAUGUGUCAUUAAACAAUGUUCCAAGCUACGAUGAAAGGUUCAUUGGAUACGGAUACACAAGGAACUCACAGGUGUACGAAAUGUUUGCAGCUAAAUAUCAAUUUGAAGUACUUGCUAAUAUUUUUACGUUCCAGCAUAGUUUUGCCUCGCAGAAAAAGAAAUCUAACUAUCGAGAAAUUCAAUAUGCCGAAAAUUUAGCAUUAUUCACUAAAUUUAAAAAGGAAAUAGCUGCACGAUAUUUACUAAGCCAUUAUAUAUGAAUUCAAAAAUUAUUUUGUUACUUUUUUCCAAUUUUAUUCACAAUAUUUUUGCAUUUGUAUGAAUUUGUUAUUAAAAUUUUAAUUAGUACAUAGAUACUAAGCUAAUCAAAAAUAAUUUGUAUUCAGAUAAUUAUUUUUAAAUUAUAAUACUUAAACUUUUGCUUUGAUUCUGUGGUAAAAUCCUAAUAAAAAUAUUUGAAAGUUAUGUUUCAAUA